GAAAAACUUCCUAAAGACAACAUCUUUGAUGCUGCUUUUUUUGUAACGUAAGUACAAUGUAUACUGAACAAUACCUCAUAUAGUUUCUACAAUCUACGACUCAAUUAACAAAACCUUACAUAUAUAUAUAUAUAUAUAUACUUCUUUGUGCACUAUUGCUAGUCUUUCAUUCUUAAGGCCUUACAGUAUGGAAUGCAAGAACUUUUCUGAAAGCCUAAUAGAUGCCCAGUCUAUUAUAAAAGUCUUUGAACCAUCAAAACUCUGCCUGAAACGAUUUUAAUUUUGCCCUAUACAGCUGAGCCUUACAAUACAAAUAUUGGCCCCUGGCUUCAAUAUAAGACGUAAAGAGACUUUCAUAAUUGGGAAAUAUCUUCAUAAAAUUGAAUGCAGAACCACAUAAAACACAGAAGCCAAUAUUAACUUUGUGGCAACAUCCUCUGUUUCAAUAUAUUAUGACAAAUGUAAGAAAGAAACCGCAGACAUAUUCUAUUUGUGCAGCUGCCUAAUUUCCUGGUUGGUUUAUUAGAGGACCUGAAGAAUUUCUGGGCUUGUGAAACACCUUCAAAAAUUAAAACUUUAAAAAAAUCUUGUUCAAUAUUUCUAGCAUUAAAUAGCCGAUAGAAUUUUAAUAACAAAUAUCACAAUUCAGUGUAUCAUUUAAUGACAUUAUUGUUAUAUCAUACAAACAUAUGGAAUAACUUAUUUUCUAACAUUCACCAGUGGUGUGGAACUGGAAGGUCACAAGGUUGGGAUAGCAAUACCAGACUCUAUAUGUUCAGGGAGAGCUGUGGCCGUCGUAAAGGUAUCUAUCUGGUUAUUUUAGUCUAACUGAAUUAUAAAAUAUUCUGCUGAUAAAGUUUCAUGUGUUGAAUAGUUCAGCAAUUUUUUUUUAAAUUUAUGGGUCCAUUGAUAUAUAUUUGACAGAGUGGUCGUCCCUUUGAACCUCAGCAGACAGCCACAAUUUUGUCACACAUGGCUGGCCACAUUCUUGGUAUCAAACAUGACGAAGAAGGUCAGUAGCCUUUUAUUGUUGUAGUUUAGAGAUAUAAACUGAGUAGACUAAAGCUGCCUAGAAAUAAGUUGCUGUUUUUAUUUUUUACACAAAUUUAAUUUCAACAUGAUAUAACAUAUUAUUGCACUGAGAAUUAUGAUUUAUAAAUUUUAAAAAGCCUUCUAGAAAGUCAGCUGCAUAGACACUGAUUCAUCUUUUUAAGAAUCAGUGUGAUUAGAUAGUUACAAAGCACCACCUAAAUGACAUUUAUUAACACUCUCAACGGCUGUUGAUUAUGUGGGAUUUACUCUAUUGUCACAUUUUAAUUCUUUUAUUUAAUGCAUGCAGCUGUAUGGAGAGAACUUUAUCAUGAAGGUACAAUAUUCUGUUUUGAUAUUGUGAUUUUUUAAAAAUUAUGUUGUAAAUGAAUUUGGAACAUUUGUCUCAAUUUUCGGAGGAUUCUUCUUAGUAAUCAUCAAAUGGAACUUUUCGAUUGUUAAUGUUAAAUAUAUUCCUUUUAAAUAAAGACCAGGGGAAAGUAUGGGGAUUUUGUGUAUUAAUUUUAAUUAAUGCUGGAUAGAAAGUGUUGCAUAAAAUAAGUACAUUGCACAGCAAGCAGUAAAUGUAUGGCUUUGAAAAAGUUUUAGCUCAAUUUUCCCAUUGCUUAUGCUUUCAUUAUAAUUGUUUGGUAAGGACGUGGGAAAAUUAAAAGUUAAGUUCACAAAAACUGGUCUGGUAUUUCAGUAAGGAUAUUUUCCAAUUUGAUAAUUUAACUAAAUUUAGAAUUGAAGUAUAUUUUAAAAAUUACUCUUAGAAUGUCAUUUUAUUUAUUCACGUAAUUUUAUUUUAUUUUGAAAGUCUUGGAUUAUUUUAUUUAUUUUCUACAGCUUUUCAGAUUUUCUGUUCAUGUCACAGCAUGGCUCUUUAAAAAGUCAAAAUUAUAUACAGACAAUUUUCAUGCACUAGUAUUUUGCACAUGUUUUUCUUUUGCUGUUAUAAUGUGAUUUGAAUUUGAGACUUAAGUGCUUUUUUUUCAACAGUACAGUUAUGUCCACCUUACGGUUAUAUUAUGGAUUUAUUUUAAUUAAUGUUAACAUAUUAACUUAAGAGGUUAAAUUAAAUUUAAUUUUGAAUUCACUUAAAUAGUCACAGUAGCAUCUUUUUUAAGCUAUGGCUUCAAAUAUUUCUUGAACUUUUGUUAUCAAAUUAAGCGUAGUUUUUGUAAUUUAGGUAUGUUUAAGAUGAAGAUUGGCAACACUUAAAUAAAUUGGAUGAAAAUUAAAAUUUCUAAGAAUUACACUAAAUUAUUUAUAAUGCUUAUAUUGAUUCAGUUGACCUAAAGAAGAAAAUUUUUUGAUUUUUUUUUCUUUAGGAGGCUGUUAUUGCAAAGAUGAAUUGGGCUGCAUUAUGUCAACAGAAGUUCUGUAAGUUCUUUAUUCAUAAUUUACAUUAUUAUUUUAAGUUUCUUUACAUUUGCCUUAUUCCUGUAAACAAUUUCAACAAAUUUGACUGCCUGAGCUUGCUUUUUCUUAAAAAAUUAAUUUUUCCUCUUAGGGGAGCUGGAGGUGUCCAUUCUAGAUUAUUUUCAUCUUGCAGUACAUCUGAUCUGGAUGCUAGUCUUAACAUGGGCAUUACAUCAUGCUUGUGGGGUGCACCUAAAGUGCCAGUGAGUAUUUACGGAAAAGUAUCUCAUGUCAUUUGACAGAUGUAGAAUAAAAUAAUUGUAUUGUUAUUUGUUAGGACUAAAAGAAGUUCUUUUGAUGAAGUACUUAAAAUAAGUUUGACCUUUUCCCCAACAGACUGAAUUUAAACAAACCUGUGGAAACAACAUUAUUGAGAGGGGAGAAGAGUGCGAUUGUGGUAUUCCAGAGGUAAGAAUUUUUUCUUAGAAAUAGAUGGCUUUAUGAUAAAUGAUACUACAUAUAAUUAAUAAUAAUAGAAAUUGAGGGUUUUCCUUACCUAUUAUUUACCUCUGCAGUAAGUAUCUGAAAGUGAAAUCAAUUUACAAUUUCUUUUGUGUUUAGGAAUGUGAGAGAAAAGAUCCUUGCUGUGAUCCUACCACCUGUCUCCUUCAGCCUUGGGCACAGUGUAGAUCAGGACCGUGUUGUAACAAUUGCUCAGUAUGUCAGCAGUUUUCUUUAUGUUUUUUUGUUUUGCACAUUUUGGGUAAAGCAUUAGAAUUUCAUAUGUUUAGAAAUGUAAACCUUUUUUUUAAAGUUAGUUUGCUUCUUAUUUUAUGUUAAGAAUGAAAGCUGCAUUUAAUUUUUUCCUCUUCAAAUUUCAGUUUUUAUCUCCAACUCAUUUGUGUCGACCCCGCCAGUCAGAAUGUGACGUGCCAGAAUUUUGUGAUGGCCAGUCUGGAAAUGCAAGUUUACUUUAAUUCAUCCGCCUUAUUUAUUCAUAUAUUAAGAAUUAUAAAUGAUUAUCUAUCUUAAGGUAAAAAGCUGAGGGAUAUUAAGUUUUAUAAAUUUUCUACUGAAGCUAAAUAAAUAUAUAUGUCAUCUUUAAAAACUUGGUUGUUAAUUUGCUUCCCUCUUUCCAGUGUCCAUUCAACACUUAUAUUGAGGAUGGCCAUCCAUGUGCAGAGGGAACUGGCUAUUGUAUGGGUGGCAUAUGCCCGACAGUGCACAGACAAUGCCAAGGGAUUUGGGGAGCUGGUAAAUUCUCUAUGACUUUCCCUCUUAUGUGUAAACAAACUGUUGAAUUUCUUAGUCAUGAUAUAAGUAUAAAUGUUUACAGAAGUUAAGAUUCAACUUAGAAAAUCAAUUAUUAACAGCAACAUAACAACUAAUAAUUCUUUUAUUUUAACAUUUUCAAAAUUUUAGGUGCUAAAGGUGGUCACGACCAAUGCUUUCAGCGCUUCAAUCCAACUGGCAAUUUUAAUGGGCACUGUGGUAAAGACAAAGUGACUGGUAACUAUGCCAAGUGCCAAAAUGAGUAAGUCCGGAGGUUGUUUGGAAUUUUAUUGCAUUGUUAUGAAUUCUUCAUAAUGAGUUACAAUUUUUAUCGCAAUUUUAUGAGUUUUGGACCUUACUUGGUUUUGUUUUUAGAGCAUAGAAUUUAACAAUUUCUGUAGAAAUUUUCUGAUAAUCUCAAUGUAUUUUUUUUACCGAACAAAUGGUUUCCCAUUUUAAAAACCUUUUUUGACCUAUAUUUACAGUUAUUUUUGUUUUUGUCCUCUUGAAAUCACAUCUUUAACUGUAUUAUUAUUUAUUAAUUAAAUAUCCUUUAGCUUACUUUAGGUACUCAUAUUUUUUUAGAUGGCAUUCACAAACUGAAAGAAUCCUAAGGUUAUAUGCUUACAUACAUUUUCAAUUGUUUCAUUAUCAUAUAUUUUUGAACUAGUGAUAUCCUCUGUGGAUUGCUCCAUUGUGAAGGUGGAAAUCCAUCACCAAUGUAUGGGUCUGAUAAAGGUUUUUCUACAACUAAUGUAAAUGCCAAUAGCAUUGAGUAUGAAUGCAAGUAAGUUCUGCAACUUAAUCAACCUUUUUUUAAUACCUAAUGCCUAAGAGCCAAUAGAUACUGGUAGACAUCACUUUAAAACUACUUACAAAUAGCUGUUGGCUGGUUUCAGUUUCUUUUCUGCUUGACUGCCAUAUUUAUUUUUUUUUAAUGGGAUUAAUCUGUCCCUCUUUAUAUAAAUUAUAAAUUGUUUGAAUUGUUUGGAGAGAUCAUUAUUAAUUGUAUUAAUUGUAUUAAUUGAUGCAUUCAAUUCAUUUGGACAGUUAUAAAUUUAAUUUUUUUUGUACAAAAUUUGAUCACAUGAUCUAAUUAUGGCUGGAUAAUUUUUCAAAUAAAUUCGAUUGUUGCUAAAUAAAAACAAAACUCAAAAGACUUACCAUUUUUAAUCUGUUCUUCUUAGAACUGUACAUGGGCCAGCAAUGAUGGACAUGCCUCACAUGGGAAUGGUGCAAGAUGGCACAAAGUGUGGCCACAAUAAAAUUUGUUUAAGAAAUUCUUGUUUUCAUCUCCCAAGUAUACCCACUCUUAACUGCCCCUCCACGGAUUUGGCUUUAAUCUGUUCUAACCAUGGGGUAGGUGAAACAAAAAUGCACUGAAUACUAAUGGGUUUGGAUUUUUUUAUUAUAUUUUCCACAUCACUUGUUAAGUUAUGGCUGUCACUAUUUAUUUGUCUGCUUUUAUAACGUGAUGGGUCAUUUAAAAAGUUCUUUCAAAGCAUCUAAAACAAUUUUUUUUUUUUUUUUUGCAAAUGCUUAGGUUUUUGCCCCAAAUGAUCAUUGUUUCUGUGAACCUGGUUGGGAUGGUGAUGACUGCUCCGUUAAACUGAACAUCACCCAUAUAACGUGAUGGGUCAUUUAAAAAGUUCUUUCAAAGCAUCUAAAACAAUUUUUUUUUUUUUUUUUGCAAAUGCUUAGGUUUGUGCCCCAAAUGAUCAUUGUUUCUGUGAACCUGGUUGGGAUGGUGAUGACUGCUCCGUUAAACUGAACAUCACCCUUGUGGACAAAAAGUCUAUAGUUGCUUCAGAACUUACAACCUCUGUGCCCUCGACUACAACAAAAGAGAUGAAAGCCAAUGCUCUGAGUGAACGUGAACCAGUCCUGGCUGAGAGUAAUCUUUUGGCAGACACCAACACUCCAGCAACUGCCCCCAUUGCAGAAAGUAAAUACCCUUAAUUUUUAGUUUUGGCUUUAUUACCCUUCUUCUGUAGUUAAUGUUAAUUAACUUUAAUAAUGAAUAUUCUACAACAUUCCAAAUAGGUAUUGCUCUGAUCCAAGCAAAAAUAAAAUCAUUCAAAUAGUUUUAAAACAAUAAUGUGAACAUUCUUUACCUACAUUGUUUUCUUUCCUUCACACAGAUGAUGGUGGUAUCAGCACAACUUUGCUUAUUACUAUUUUAGCUACUGUAAUUGGUGGCUUAUUUCUUGCUAUGGGAGUCACCCUUAUUUGUUACAGGUAAUACCUUGCUUGUUACUUUUUAACUUUUAUUGUUAUGACAUUUUAAUUUAAAAAUAAGCACUUUAGGGCAAUUUGACCCAUCACUGGGGCUUUUAUGCAUUUGUUAUUAAAUUUUUCAUGUUCAAUUUGUAUGACAUAAUUUAAAACAACAAAGUAGUUUGAACAUGAAAUAUUUGCUGAAAACAGUUAUUAGAGCAAAAUAUAUUCUUUUUUAGAAGUACCUAUACACAAUUUUAUAGUUUAAAUUUAAACUAUCAUUAUUUAGUACAGAAUUAAGUUAAAAGGUGGAAAAUCGCAUCUUUCAUCUGUUUGUUAACUAAAUGGUAAACAACUUUACUUACUAAAAAUGCAUUAAUGAAAUUCGGAAUUUUUAUAGUGAUUAUUGCAAUACUAAAUAACUAUUACUAUUACAUUUCUUUUAGAAGAAGAAGUCCAACCAAAAAUGUUAUGAUCACUGGAACACAAGGAAAUGGGAAGAAAAGCAGGUAAAAUGUUUUGACUAAAAAGUUUAAGGCUUACUGGUAGUAAAAAAAAAAUUCAUUUAUCAUAUACAUUUCUCUUAUCAGUUUAAAAUAAACUUGUCUCAUCUUUAUAAUGUUCAACAGAGGCAGAAAAGGUUGGGGCAGAAAGAAGAAAAGGCUUUACAGUGAGGACGAAAGUGAAAUGAGUGAACUGCCGCCCCCGCCCAUCAUCGUGAUGGACCCUGACAGCAUCAUGCCAGAGAAAGGAAUAUUAAAGAACUCCUCGGCAAGACUUGCUUCCAUGGAGCACAGAACCAGCAGUGAUUCCAACGGUGGUUCACAUGGGGACCAGGACAGCGUUGGCCCGUACAUGUACGAUGAGGAUGAGGAUGCAGAGGCUGAAGAGAUCUGCAAUAUUUUUCGAGACGAUUCCACUGAAAACAUGGAUCAUCUUCAAGAGUCUGCAAGUUUUGAUUUCGUCAUACCGCCACCGCCCCAGCCCCCACCCCCACAGUUUCCACUACCUGAUUACUAUCCAUCACCAGCAGCCAUGCGUAGGCCACCACAGUUUGAGUCCGGGAUGUCUCAGUACGACUAUGAAAACCCUUAUGGACAACAUAUCCAUUUGUUGCCCCAGCAGCAGAUGCCAACCUGGCGCACUGCACUCCCACCUCAAACGCUGUCUCCGCCUCAGUCCAGGAUAAUAAAACUGAGAAAUCUUUCAGACUACAUGCAGCAGCUCAACGGUAAGGCUACCAUUGAUUUGUCUCCAUCACCUGAUGACCCUCCCAACCUGCAGCUGUCGCCAUCCACCUGCACAUCUGAAGAUGUUCGCAGUAGUGAGACGGAGCCAGACAGAAUGUUCAACAGAACAUCACACUCCGAUCACAGUCCCACGUCUGUCACUAGUACCUCUACACAGCACACUUCAGGGCCAAGCUUUGGGAAUCUUAGUCAAUAUUUAUUAAAGAGAAACGAGUCUGUAACCAAAAAUGACACUAAUGAAGAUGGUAGUGUCAGUCGAAGCCACUACAAAUCGGCUGGUCCAGACCCCCGUGCUGCUAGCCGAGAUCAGUAUUUAUACAAUCAUAAUGAUCUUAAUGUGGGAUAUCGGCCAAGACUUGUUCCAAGAUCCCAUGAAGAUCCCACAUCUAUAGACAUGCCUCCACCCAUGCACCCCAUAAACAUACGCAAUAUUUUUGGUCUUGGGCACACCCCUGGCUCUACAGUAAGCAGGGACAGCAAUAACACUUCACAUGGAAGUUUAAACGGAGAUAACAGUUCUUUUACUGGGACAGGAAAUUCUAAGAACGGUUAUGAAAAAAGUUCUGGAUAUGGCAGCGAGCAAGACCACGAAAGGUUUAGUAUUGAUGGCCCUUCCCGUUCUGAAUCCCAUUCAAGGUCAGAAUCUCUCUCGAGGUCACACUCUGCUUCUCCCCCCAGCUACAGCGCUGUCAUACGGACAGGCCCAAAUAGAAUUCAGCUAGUGCCAGCGGGCCAGUUAGUUGAGGAUGGACGAGAGAUUGAAGGCAUUCAACAAGAAUUAAACAGACUUUUGGAAAAUUUGCCUCGCAUCAAUGCUGGUUCAUUUGAAAGAUCUCCCUUACAAUCCAGUGCAACACCUAGCACUCCCCUCACAGGUCCAUUACCGGCCAGUCGGCCUUUGAAAGAUGACUCUUGUGACAAUGGAACCCCUUGUAUUGACCGCAGUUUAGAAGAAAUUCCAGCACAUUUCUCGGACAAGAAAUCGUGGUCACGAAAGGCUAAGCGGCCGAUUAGUGUUGCUGUGCAGGGCAAGGCAGGAAGCACCUCCAACAAUAGCCUGGAUGAAGUGCAAUCUCUUAUUACAGAAAAUAAAAAAGUAUCUUAGCCAGCUGUGGCAAGGAUUACUUUACUAAUUUCUAGUUGUUGUUUUUUUAAUUUACAAAAUAAGUCACUAGGUAUUACAAAAGUUAAACUUUGUAUUCAAAACACUAAUAAUUAAACCUACCAAAAGAAGCUCG